AUGAAGCUUAACAUAUCUUCAGACGACAUAAAUUUGUUGGUGUAUCGUUACUUGAUUGAAAAUGGAUACUGUCAUACGGCGUUUUCAUUCAACAAGGAAGCUUCGAUUGCCAACAACCCUUACUAUGUCAACCACGCUGAUAAGAUUCCUCCAAAUGCCUUGGUAUCCUUUAUGCAGAAGGCCAUGAUUUACAUCUAUCUGGAGUAUCACACUGAUGACAUAACUGGGGAACAGAUUGUAUGUGAUGAGCCCUUUUCAUUUUUCAGGAAGCAUAACUGUUUCAGAAAGAUUGGUCAAGCUCAUGGCCUGCCUCUAGCACACACUACCAACGUGUCAAGAGAACGUACUGUAGCUGAAAAUGCAAGUGGGUCUCCUGAGGCAGACAACUAUGGUGAUAAAUCAACUUACGACGCUUCUUCCAAGGGUAUUUCUGGUGAUAACGUCUCUAAUGAGGAGAGAGAGAACCAGGCUAUGGAUACUUCGGACGCUGCUAAACCGGCCGAGUUUACUCGCGAAGAAGCUCUUGAAGACGCUAAGAGUAAUGCUACACAAUUUAAUCAUCCAAUAUUUGUUGGUCCACCUCAAAGACGUUUGGCUGAUAAAUGGCAGUUGUUCGGAUACUUCAAGUUGCUUGAAUACUCUGCUCCUAAUUUGGCAGCGGUCGCUUCUUUCAAUCCUGUAAUUCCAGGCUACAUUCUCAAGAGUGUCGAGAAUGGCCCUCCGAGUUUAUAUAAGUUUAUUCCCAACAACAAGACAUCAAUUUGUGAGAUGGUUGUGCCAACGGCAAAGCUGAAGUCUAACGAAACUGAAAUGGGAAUAGGAACCUGUGUCCAAUGGAGACCUGAUGGACGCUUGAUAUGUACUGGUCAUUCGAAUGGAUACAUAAACCUGUGGACUAUUGAUGGUGUCCUAACCCACUCAAAGAGUAUUUUUGAUUCCGCAAUUACGGCUGUUGGAUUUUCUGGUGGUAAGCUCUUCUGGCAAAAUGACGAACUACCGAACACGUUUUCUGUAGCAUUUGGUUCUGCCCACGGAGAUGUCCGUAUCUAUACAGUUGACAGUGACACAUUUGUAUUGGUCGACCAAUAUAAUCACCCCAACUGUGUAACAGAAAUCGAAUGGAAGAAUGACUCUAUACUUGCUUCCGUAAGCACGGGUGGUACUCUGAUUGUGUUUGAUACCAAAACCAAGACGAACUUGACCCUACCAAUUUCAAUAGUAAACAAUGCUCCAUUCAUGUCGUGGGAUGUAUUCGGGAAAUAUCUGGCUAUAGUAGAUGAUACAAGCGUCCUUAAAGUUUACAAAUCCCAGGGAGAUGGAAUUCAAGGAGAAAUAUCGCAUUUGAGAGGACACACUGCACAUAUAAUAGAUGCAUCGUGGUAUCGCAAUUUUAUAGAAAAGACAGCAUGUAGGAUAUGUACCAUAGGUAUGGACAAGCAGCUCAUCAUUUGGGAUGUAGCAACUGAGUCCUCUAUAAUGUCUUUGACUCUUGACCAAAUGCCAACGACGGUCUCAAUAAACCCUACGGAUGCUUUCUUGGCAAUAGGAUCUUACGGAAACAGUGUAAAGGUUUAUACUCUCCCAAACCUUACACUCGCAUGCUCCUUCUACGAUCAGACAGUGGUAACAAACGUAAGUUGGUCACCGGAUCUGCAACACGUUAUGUAUAACGUGUACAAUCUACAAAGAUCCAUAAUAAUACCGGUAAAUACGUUGACUCCGUAUCAAUCUGAUUGA